GACCUCCAAGAUCAUCCAGUCCAAUCGUCUUCCAGGGUAGUGUGGCCUGGCAGCAGACACUCUCUCAAAAUAUGUGCCAUGAAAAUCCCAGAAGCCAGUCUUCUUGGAAGCGUUAGAGGAGAAGGGCGUUUGCUCUAUGAUGGCUGAGAUGGAUUUCUCCUCACCAGAGAUCGCUGAGUUCACUGUCAUGGAGAAUGUGCUACACUAUGAACUCUUCUUUGAAGCCAUUUUCCAGCUUACCUGUGUUUCAGCCAUAAUCAUAUCAAUUUCAAAGUCCUUCGAGUCCAGGACUGACAGUUUUGAGCCUCAGACUUCAGAGACAGUGAAGAAACCAAAGGCAAUUGCUUCACAAAUAAGCAAGAAACUUAAGAAGGAAUCAAGAAAAAAAUAAGAUGAUAUAGACCUGACCAAUAAGCUUUAAAAGACAAAAUAAUCAACUAUAAUGCUUCCUUGGAGAGGACAUCAAAGGCAACUGACUGUAUCAUAUGGCUUUCCAGCAUUUAGCAAGAAUCUUUUUUCCUCCUCGGUCUGCUCAUGGCCACUUUUCUAUUACUUAUUACUCCCUUCUUUUUUUUUUUUUUUUUUUUUUUCUUACAUCUCCAUCAAGCUGGAGGCACUCAUAGCUGAAUAUCUAAAGAUUUUGCAAGUCUGAAUCCAUCUCUCAAUCACAUUUAAAGGCAAACCACAAUUUUCAUGUGUAAACAGAAAUUUCUAGUAGAUCUUUGCAAAUAGUGGUAAAAACAAGAUUAAAAACUGGGCUGAGGGGAAAAAAUGGCACAGAAAAAAAAAUAACACUAAGAAAAUUGCUCAGCCACACUUCACAUGACACUGGGGGUAGAGAGGGGGAAAACAGACAGUAACAUCAUCAAGAAUAGAAAAGGUCCAGUAGCAGAUGUUUAAGUAGAAUGAUGUGCUAAAUGUCACCUCUUGUCAUAUUAUACUUUCCUUCCUCAGACUUUAUUGUUGUUUUUUUUUAAAAAAAGA